GCUUGUGUCAAUUUUCUUAUGAAAGAAGUGCCGCACCUUCGUGACGAACCUAGCCGCAUCCAUGAAUACUGAGGCCGAAUUCCUUGCGCAACGACAAAGAUCAACAGUUGUUUGUACGCGACGCGGACUAGUGUUUGCGUUUGGCGGAAGGUAGAAGCAAAGUCACAAGGCACUUCCAGUUUCUUUUUCUGCUAGAGCAGGUAAAGGGCAAUUAAAGGGCACAACAAGGUCGACAACGACAUCCGUUCCAUGUCGUCCGAUGUGUGGGCAGCUCGCAUUGCGUCUCUGCAGCAGGCCGUCGCCGAGGAGAAGGAGCGUGGAGAGCAAUUGGCCCUGCGUCACCAAGAAUUGGACGCCGAUCAACAUGUUCCCGAUGACAGUCAUCAAUCAUUUACAUUUUUGCCAAGAUCUCCAUCUGCCUACGAGGACCUUACGUUGGAGCAGCAGCAAGAGAGCGAGGUUCUCGGUCCUGGGGCCGCUCCUGAUGAACCUGAAUACAAUGGGCAGGUGGCACAAGAACACGAAAUCGAGAACACCUACGAAGACAGCGUGACUGUCACACUCGGGACCUCGACCACGACGCCGGGCAUCGCUGCCGCGGUCGAUGCCCGUGCGGCGAACAAGACCUCUACGCACAACACGGGUGCCGCCGCCUCUCAGGAGCCGGCAACUGCUGCUAGCGGCGCCGUCUCCGCCGGCACGAGCACGCCACGCCAAGGUGCGUUUGUACCUGGAAGCAGAAUAACUCCGGGGUCCUCGAAAAGCAGCUAUGCAACGACAAUCACGAACAAUAGCACUGGCGCGACCACCAAUCGCAAUAGCCUUGGGAAAGGUAAGCGACCAGAUGGAAAUGUUGCGCGCAGGACCACCACAGCGCCCGGUGCAUCGACUCCAGAAGCUCGGGGAUCGACGGGCAUCCUGACGCCGGAGGCGACUUUGCGAAGCCCCCAGAAAAUAAACACCGCCUCGGCCAGAACUUCGAGUCCACACAAGCUUCUUGACAAGAUUCCCAGCAUAAAGGAAUGGCGUCCGCUAAAAACCGAGGAGACGUUGAUCGAAGGUCCCCCCGCUGCGCCGAAAGAUCUGGAAGUGAAAAUCGCCAACAAAUACACCGCCAGCCGUACGAGCAAGCUUCGAAGCACUAGAAUUCCCCCUGGUGGGAGAACAGGCGAAGAUGGUGGUGCGCUUGUGGACCAGCAGUCGAAUCAGCAGACUACCUCCGAGCGAGAAAUAGAAGUGACCGAACAGGACAAUGACAGCAGUUGUUCGAGCUCCGUAGCAGCGUUCUCGACCAGUUUCAGCCUGAAGUCGAAGCAGUCCGACAUGUCCGCGUCGACGUUCGCGAAGCGCAAGCAGUACUCCAGCCGGCAAAAAUCGUUUUCGCAGUUGAAGCGGCUACAGGAAGAGCAGAACGUGUUUCGCGACACCGCCGAUAACGGCCAGUCGUUACUCGUGAACUUGCGGUCUGACUUGAACCACAUCGGCACAACGGUAACCAGGUCCAUUACUGGCGUCCCUCUGAAAAAGCACCAGGAAAAUAUCAAGAAGUACAACGACUUCGUGCUGAAGCAGGCCAACUUGGAGGACGACCGGAGACACCACAUUGGCCGAAAGCCGUCCAACCACGAGCUGCCAAAGUUUUCCAAAUUUCAAAAAAACGACCAGGACUACUCACUGGCGAGCAUGCUGUCUGGUACGUCUGGACUUGGAGCCAGAAGUGAAGCUGGGUUCGAUGACGGUACUAGAGAUAUAGACGGCAGCUCAGCCGUGCAGGCAUGGCCAUCCGGAGAUACUGAAAUGAUGGCGCCCGAUUGGGAAUUGGACGAGCGACCGUUUCUAAAAACAUUGAAUUCCCGGUCCAUAAGCGAACAAGCGAGGAGCUACUGCGACGUCCGCGUUCUUAUUGACCGCGACGACGCUGCUAUACCGGUUUCUAAGUUCGGCGUGGAAACGCACUCAGGCAACAAGAUGGUGUCGCUGGGCGGUGCGAGAAGACGAACUUUCGGCCCCUUUGCUGAUGUAAAAGUGCGCAUGGUCGCCGGGUCCGGACGGGGCGGCACUAGCGCAGGAGGCACCGUAGGGUCCUCGACGCGGAGUACUAAAGCAGCGAGCACUUCAGAUGAGGCUGAUCACACAAACACUGCGUCUUCUUCAGCAGCUGUGGGUCGACUCCUCGUGGGUGACUCUGCCGCGACCUCCUCCUCUGCUUUCUUUCCAUCAGCCGGUACAACGGCACCGAGCACGCAGGACGAAAGGGGUCUGCAGACCGCGCGUCUGCUCCAGGGGGUGGCGGACAUCGACCAGAUCAGAUCACUUUUAUCCCAAGGCAUCAACACUGCGGUGGUCUUUUACGGCGACUUCAAGAAGCGCUUCGCGGAAAUGGUGGCCAGAAGCUGCUCUUUGGCGAACACGGUUGCCGACGGGGGCGACGCCGGCAUUGCAAACAAGCAGGAUCGAGGAUCAUCCCGUGGAGGCUCUAGUCGGGUCGUGUCCGAAGUAGGAGGUUCCGCUCCGAGCGAAGUCAAGCAUGCGCCCCACGUGGCCCUGCAGGCUUUUGAGGUACUGGAAGAGGACGUGAUUCGCGAUCUGCUGAACGUGAAGGACUUUUCCGAGGAUUACCAGCCCUUCCAACUUGUGGAACACCCUGACCUGCCCAUUCACGUGCGGAAUGUCAGCAAAAUUCAAGCCCGAAACCCCAACGACUUCUCAAAUCUGCUCGACUUCGCAGUCUUCAAGCAGGGACUGUAUGGGAGGUAACUUUUUUAAAUGCCUUGCUUCUCGUGCGACUGCGACUUUUUGAAAAAGUGAAGGCCUGUCGACGGAAGAUUUUUCGGCGGUCGUGCUGUGGAUAGUUCAUGAUGAGCUACGUCUGCGCUACGUCAACAUCAUUGCUACGUAAAGAAAUAUGGCUCCAAUCUGCUCGUCAAUACUAAUACCUCCAAAACACGUACAACACCAUCAGUCAUCUUUCCGGUGCUCACGAAGUGGAAGAGGCUGCACCAUUCUACAAGCGCCCGGUCGCCCGCGUGUACCUGAUCGAUCAUUGGAACCUCCCCGGGAAUCUAGCUGCGCAACUUGCGGUGGUGGAGCUCGCCCCGCUCACGAACCCCGCUAGCGACGCCGUGCAGGCCGAGUUACAGCACUCCGUGCAGCAGCAGUUCGUCGACCUCCUGUCCGCAGCCCCGCCCAAAUCCGAAUCGGAGCAGCACCGCGAAAGCCUCGCUUCGCCGCUGAAAGCGGGACCGGGGGUGCAGCGCCGUGUCUUGGGCAGUGGGGCGUCCUCAGCCGAUCAUCACAUACGGGAUUCGAACCGGUCGAAGCUCUCUGUUUUGCUAGACCAGUUUUUCGGCGAUGCCCGUCGGAGAUUCGCGAGCUUCACGGUAGCGGGCACGGUGCUCGGGUGCCGUCGAAGUCGUGUUGCAGCAGGAGGAAGUGGCGCAGGCGCCAAUGUGUCAUCCGCUGCCUCGUCUGGAGUGGAGGAAACUGGUCCCGGAACAAAGUUGUUCGACACCAUGCAGUUCGCGCAGUUGGCUCUCCACCUGAACGAUCGGUACCAAAAUAUCGACGCCACGCUGCAAAAGGUGGCGCCGAACCUGUCGAGCAAGCGCGGUGCGAUCGCCAAGCAAUUGGCGGAGGAGGUUCAGAGAUCGCAAAUGGCAUUGCAUCAUGCCUACAAUCAAAAGACUGGCCCGCACACGCGAGUAGGGCCCGCAGGACCGACCAUCUCGACGCUUGCGAGCAAACCCGGUACAACCAGCAGAGCGAGUGCGAGUAAAAACAGCGAGGGUCCGACAUCAGCCGCCACUGCGGCGGCUCAUUCCUCACACCUCGCGCUUUUGCAAUCGCUGCAAGAGUCGUCCAUGCACGAAUUUUCGGAGGAAGCUCUGGGUUUGCUCUACCAGCUGAAUCAAAGGCAUCAGUUCUGCAAGAGCAAGAGAAAAGACAGUCACGUAACACACGGCAGUCGUUCUUCUUUACUUUCAGGAAACGUCGUCCGCUUGGCCAAAAACAACGACACGAGUGUGGAAACUAUCCUUGACUGUCCGAGCACUGUCGAAGCCCCGCCGCCGUGCUUGGCCAGUUUGCCACUUUUCGAUCGCAGCUUGGCGGGUGCGGUUAGGUACGAGCUGCAACCAGGUUCUGAGUUGCACCUGAUUCUCACACGGAAACUACCGAAGCAGGGCCUUGCAGCUGGCGCAGCACCCUCGAACAACACGAACAGGCACUCGUUAGCAAAUAACUCGCACUACGCCGACGACCUCCGCGAAGCUUCGGCUUCCGAGUUCAUCACUUUGCCAGACGUGUUGGAUUUCGGGUGCGAAAGUAUGGCGAAGGUUGCGGCGUACUUUGACGACACAAGUGCAAGCUCUGUUCUCCAGGGCCGGUACGCACCUAUCCGGAUGAAACUGAGACGGAUUCUGGAUGAGCGAUACCGUGAACGGUUGGAAAGCUGGGCGCAACAGUUCGAGGCCAUAACAGGCGCAGCUCCGGUCCAACCACAGAAAUCGGCUGCAAAUCCUCGUACUGGAGCAGCGCCAAAUAACGCGAGAGCAGCACUGGCUGCGGACAUCAAUUCUGGCUCCGCCAACAAUCGCUCGCCUUGUGAGGUUCAUGUGCGCGUGACGCACCAUGUGAACACAGAAGAGGGAUGUGCGACAGGCUUUUCUUCCAUCACGCUGGAGAACGUUGGUAAUUCUUUCGAAAUUUUCGUCAACGGCCGCAUGCAGUUGGGCAAGAUCUGCCUCCGGAACCACGACACGGUGCAGCUGGGCCCGUACCUAUUCGAGCUGCAGUCUGCCAGGGUUUUCGAACCAGCACGCGCACUUGCGGUGUGGAACGACGCAGCGAACCUUUCGGUGAUGCAAGCUGUUUACGCACUGCAGCGGGAACAGGAACAGCAGCAGGAACUCGAGCUGCAGACAUUGCAAAACGGCAACAUAACGGGCGGGCGAGCCGACCUCAGCAGCAUGUUCCCGACUGGUGGCACAGAGAACCAGAACGCGCCGGCUGUUAUGCUGAAGAAUCCCUCCGUCCCGUUGUCCGCCUGGCCUGCAGUUUGGCAGGGCGUUGAGGAGAAGAUUUUGUUUCUCCUGCACGGCCAGGACGACCGGGUUCAAGACCCGACAGCCGUCGUCUUCCACGCGCGAGAAAAAAAGUUUUACUCACCCAAAGACGUGUUUCUCGGGCGCAGAGAGAUGCUGGCGAAGCUGGACGAGGUGGAGCAACUCGCGAAAAAACUCGAGAAACGCAGCCAGGUUUUCGAGGGGCGCAGCGAUGGGGGGUUGUGGGUUCAGUCUCCAACAAGUAGCGGCCCGGUUCCGGGUUCUGGACCUGCAACCGGCACUGAACAAAUGAUGGAUCUCGCGGAAAACCGACUGAGAAAGCAGGAACUCGAAGAGUUGGCGAAGCAGGGGCGGGAGACGUUGGAAAGGCUGCAGCAGCGGGAAAACGCUGUCAAGGAGCUGGAGGCAAAGUGGAAAGGCAAACUGAAGCAGCUCUUCGAGGAGAGGGAACUACAGAACCAGGCGAAUAGAACGAAGAAAACAGCUGAACAUCAAGCUGCCCACGAUGUUGAUAGCCGCGCUUCACCCAUCGAAGGAGGUGGUGGAGCUUCAACAUCUGAGAAGGAAAAGGCAGCAAUGAAGAGAAAGUCCGCCGCUUUGCUGAAAAGGGAGGAAGAGCUGGCGCAGAAAGAAGCGGAGCUGGCAGAGCGGUGGGAGGAGGUGCUGAACCUCCAACAGGAGCUCAGUGUGAAACUCGACGAGGCAGAGAAGGAACUCAGUCUCAGUGUAGCCGUAGCGUUGCCCAGCAGCAGAGAUAAAGAAGAUCCUGAACGUGAACACGGUUACUCGCACUCCAAUCUGCAGGCGUCCCUCGUGGGCGGCAGAAGAAACCAGCUCACUCAAGACGAGGACCGGCUCCGAAAGUGGGAGCAGAAUCUGGAGCGCGAGCAGCAAAUUCUUGAGUUGGAAAAACGGGAACUCUCCGAGAGAGAUCGGAUUCAGGAACAACACAAAUUACGACGAGGCGGGUCAGCACCGGAAGGAGCAGACCCCAACUCAUCGUCUUUUUCAGUUACAAGUCAACUACAGAAGCCGGCAUCGAGGACCACCGGUGGACCACAACAAGCUCUGCAAAACACCGCUUCGUCAGUCCCGUCCAAGACCGUCAUUACCGCGGAAGCGCUCGCCGCAUCUGCCGAUCAGUUAUCGAAGGCCAACACUUUCAGUCUGCAGCAGCGGCAGAAACAAUCGUCGCUUUCCUCCGCGGCGGCCGGCGGAGUUCUUAGUAACAAGAUCACCGCGAUCUUGACGAAUGCAGCCACGGCGCGCGAGGCUUCCGCCUCGAGAACGCCCAGAGUCUUCAACAACAACCCGUUUGCAGCAGCUACGGCUGGUACGAUCGGCGCCGGUUUUGCGGGUUCGGGCAGUAGUAUGGCAGAAGGUGGAAAGAUGCCGAGCGCCGCAAGUAUGAUGAAGGUUUCGACUACAUCGACAAAAACGAAGGAGCCCCCGUCUGAACAGAACAAGAUGAAACACACAGGCCAAGAACAAGUCAAGGAAAUGUAUGAGAGUGCGCAGCUGCUCCCCCUUCCGCUUGUUCCCCGCCUCAUUUGUCAUUGGCAUUGCAAAGUUGUCGCAACCUCACGUACUGAAACUGACUUUUGCCACUGUUUGCGUGAUAAAUUCUGAAAGCGAUUCAAAGCAGGAAUAGCCUCCGAUGAAUCGGGCGUUGGUUUAUCUAUCAUGAUGCAGAGUCCACUCUCUUGCAGCCCUCGUCUCUGUUGCUGUGCAUGCCCUGAACAAAAUGGAUUACAACCGGAAGGAAGAUUUGCACUAGCAUAAAGUCGCCCCUGCAGUCAUAGAUGAACAAGCAACCGACAACUCGCACUCGUCCGCGACGACAGCGCUCGCCCAGUUAUCAUUCCAAUUUUCUCCAGGACAAACCUCCAGUCGACCCACGGCUGCAGCACUGCGCCGCUCUGCAAGUCCACAAGUCAUGACGGGCGAAGUAGCCGCGACCGCGGCUGCACCGAUCUCGCCGGCUGCAAAUAACGAGAAGAGGCGCAGUGCUCGUGCUGUGGGACGCUCUUCCCCGAGCGGGCCGUACGAACAACCGGCUCCACCGCGCGACGCGCCCCCAGACGAGCCUGCCACUAGUUCUGCCUUGCAGGAGAGAGGACAGCGGGAUUUGUUACCAACUUUUUCGCCUCUGCAGAGUUUUGCGGUAUCGACAAGACCCGCCUCUGCGCGCCCCUCGACGUCAUUUCAGCUCUUGUUAGGAGCAACGCCACUGCAGUCGAAGGUUUCGUCAACUGCCGGCGGUGGGCCAGGUGGUAGCUCGCAGUCGCAGCUCAGUCUACCGAUGUCCGCACGCGUCAUGCCAGUCCCCCCGGUGACGUUGCCGAACAACGGUUCCCUGCACUCGCAUUUUCAGCAGCAAGCGAUUGCAGCCCGCAACGUGAAAAACCUGCUGCCUCCCAGCGGUGUGCUAGACCCUACCGCACUGGCGCUGAACAAACCACCCACGCCGCUCAUCUCUCCGAAGCCCAAAGCUGCGCUGGACCUCGGGGGGAAAACCCUAGGCGGGCUGAAGAUGAUCACCUUGACUCCCUCGAAAACGUCCCUGCCGCACUCGGCGGAAGCAGAUCCACCUAGUCGUGGCACCGUGGCGGCAAACGUGGAAGUGCAACGCCAACAGCCCCAGAUGACCGCAGCGGCAGCCCUGUCUUCAUCUGCAGAGACGAGGAAUGGAACCUCCGUCAAAAUGGCCCCCAUAGCAGCUGCAAACUUGUUCGCCAACACUGCUGGCGCAACAAGGCGGGGGCGCUCACAACCACCAGCAGCUCCAGCUUCUGGCAGUUCCUCACUUGUUACACGACAGCGGGAAGGCACAAUAAAUACCACGAGUGCCGUGAGUAGAAAGGCGAGCCCAAGCACUAUCGGUGGAACCGUCCCAGCGGCUCCCUCGACUCGCACAAACCAGCCAACUCCAAAGCCCUUGAAACCGAAGAAAAAAGCGCCAGUUCCCGUCUCCAACCGAGCCUCAUCGAAGCAGCUCCAGGAGGUGCCAUUAAAAGGCGGAGCUGCUAGAGACAGCGUGAGCGUUGAUGGAGGCAUAUUAUACCCGAGAAAUGUUGUCAGCGCCAGCAAGCUCUCGCAGGAAAGCAACGUGUUGGUUCACGCAGAUGGUGAAGCAGGAGCUGCAGCAGCACCUACUACAACAAGCACAUAUGCAAAGACGACCAAACACGACGAGAAUCAGAUGACUGUGGAACAGCGAAAACAGGAAAUCGCUUCUACGCUGCAACGUUUAAAAGCAAACCAAGUUGUAAUCGGGCAACAGCGUUCUUUCUCUAAGGAGCUGCAGCUUGUUCCGCAGUCGAUGUUAUCCUUGCCAGCGAAACUUGAUCAACCAGCGAAAGCGACAACAGCAACGUCCACCGUUGUUGUACCUCCUACAAAGGAUGUUGCACGACUCAGCUUCCAAAGCUUUCCACUCUCGAGAGGAUCCGGCUUGGGAUCAUAUAAUAGCGCUGCCUCAGCUCGGGCGACUGGUGCCGGCGCAAGCAGGUGAAAUGGUGCAUUCACAUUUUUGAACAAGUUCGUCCGUGACUUCCUAGACAGAAGACCGGUCUACUACAAGCUACUUGUUUUCGACCGCGAUCGUACUGCUUAUAUCUGUCUCCCCCGUGGUCAAUACGGCUAUCAAAGACAAAAUCUUAUGCUUUACAUUUAUAACAUACCCGCUAUUAUACGCGUUCACCGACUGGUCUGGUGCUGCCUCAAAAACAGGCGCUUGUCCGUGUUCGCACCAGCUUCGGAAGUGCUCUCACACUCGCGGCGCAACACUACAUAACAACAUGACGUGUGAGUGGUCAUCUACAGUUGUAUUACUUGCACUCCUGUACUGC